UGCAUGAGCCAGCAACGUCAUGCACGUCAACAUGGCAAAGUUGUCAGAAUAAGCACGGGCUCUAGCAGCAGCGCAUUAACAUCUGCGCUAAAGUUUUACGGGUGGUAGCUUGAUUUUAAUCUAAAUCGGCAUCAUCAUCGUAGGUAGGUGCGCAAAAUAAGUGCCGUGUGUGAGUGUUUUCAUAGCACUGCCAUGUUGCUAGAGUAGCUCGCUGCUAAGGCCAGGCUGUGUGGUAACUCGCAGUGAUUUGGUUUUCCGUUUCUUGUGUGUAAUUUGGUAAUCAAUGCGUUAGAGAAGGAACCUGAUAUGCAUGUGGUGAAAUGGGAGAUAACAGCUUGAUUGUAACUAUAGUAUAAACAGAAGUUUAAUCAGUAACAAGUCUCACCUGUCAGCGUCACAUCCUUGUUCACCUGGGAGGAAGAGACACCUUUGCUGUCCCACCUGGUGGAUGGAAGCCGUGCCCUCAUCCUCCCUGAAGCAAAAUGAGCCUGGCUCUGCAUGAUCUCCAGGUCUGCUGCAGGGGGCUGGAGAAUGACAAGGCCACAGAGAGGAGGAAAGAAGCUGACCGUUUCAGGCGGCUGCUCCGAACUCCAGAGAUUGUGCAGGAGUUGGAUCGCAUCUCAGCACUUAGCACGGAUAAAGGCUCCAAGCAGCUCACCUGGGAUGCUGUUUUCAGGUUUCUGCAGAGCUACGUCCAGAAGGAGACAGAGAAAAUGCAGUCGAGAAAAGCCACUGUUACAGCAUCUACGCUGGCCGCCCGGCAGACGAAGAUGGCCGAAAUAUGCUGCCUGAUCAAAUACUUCAUACGCUGCGCUAACAAACGAGGGCCUCGUCUGAAGUGUGCGCGGCUUCUGCAGCACGUGAUGGAGGUGCUGCAGAGUUCGUACAGCUGCUUGGCCUAUGGAGAACAGUACACCAGCCUUUUAGUGAAGGACAUCCUCUCUGUCCGCAAGUACUGGUGUGACAUCACUCCACAGCAGUGGCACAGUCUUUUGGAGCUGUACUGUGGCUUCUUCAGCACAUCAUCCAAGUCUAUCAACCGCGUGUUGGUGAGCCGGGUCAUUCACAUGCUGGUGCAGGGCUGCUGCAUGCAGACCGAGGGAUUCCACAACUUUCUGUUCAGCUUCUUCUCCAAAGCACUGCUCAAUGUCAGGCAGGAGAAACAUUUGGCCGUGGUGGAGCGUCUCAUCUCAGCUCUCAACGGCUUUUUGAGGUCCGCAGCCAUGAACUUUCGGACGAGGGUGUGUCGACUGGGGGAGGAGCUCCUGCCCUCCAUCCUCUACGUCUGGGCAGACAUGAGACCCAGCACCACUCUCAAAGAGGAGAUGGUGGACUUCUUCAACCUGCAGCUCUGUGUCCACCACCCCAGCGGAGCCAAGACGCAGGACGCAGGCGCCUAUGCUGAGGACUGGACCAAGUGGCGGAGUCUGCUGUACAACCUGUAUGAUGCCUUGGUCAGAGAAAUCAGCCAUAUAGGCAGCAGGGGGAAGUACGUGACCGGGACACGACACAUUGCAGUCAAGGACAACCUCAUCCAGCUCACAGCUGACAUUUGUCACCAAUUAUUCAGUGAGGGCAGUGACACCCAGGUCUUGGAGGUGACCCAGGUCCACAUCAGAGCCACCCAGAGGGGCAGUCCCACCCAGGGCACACCCAGCAAGCGACGGCGCAUUGAGCUGGGCUGGGAGGUCCUGCGGGACCGCCUGCAGCCUCAGCACAGUGACUUUGAUGUCAUACCAUGGCUACAAAUCACCACAGUGCUCACCUCUAAGUACCCGUCAAUGGUGCCCGGCCAAGAGCUGGUCACCCUGCUGUCGGUGCUGUACCAGCUCUUAGCAGAGCAGCGGAGAGGAGAGAGGGGGCUCUAUGUGCUGUGCUGCCUGAGGGCGGUGGCUCGAUGCCAGGCCUGCUAUCCAGAGAGGACCCUGGCCCACAGGGCAGAGCUGGGCAGGCUGUGGGGCCGGGUGUGGGCCCUGGCACUGAGGGGUGUCAGCGCAUCCAACACGGAGGCUGCCAGCCUCAGCCUGCUGGCCUCCAUCGUCCAGGGAGGACUGAUCGCUACGGAUCGAGAGUUCUGGAAGCUCUUCUGUGGCUCGGCAUGCAGACCGUCCCAGAGUGCUGCUCUGUGUCUAACCCAGGCCCUGCUGAAGUGUCCUGUCCCCAAGAGUCUUGUUCUGGGUUCAGGCUGGGACUGUGCAGGAGUCAGCGAGGGCUCUGCCUCCUCGAACCUGAAGGAGACCCUCAUAGCCUGGCUGCUGAUGACCGAUCAGAGCGAUGAGAUGGAGGACAGCUCCAGACCCCACCCCAUCAUCUGCAGGGAUUUUCCUCGCAAUCUGAUAGCGAACAUCCUGGUUUCCCUGACCUUGAAAGACACCAGAGCUGCCCUGAUGUUUCUGCUGGGUGCUCAUGGACUAGAGAGCAGCUCAUCCCAAGAGCAAGCAUCGACCGAAGCCAAAGACAGUCUGGUUGAGAUCGAGAAGCUGUACCUGCAGUUCAGUUUCAACUCGCUGCCUUCGGAGCGCCGAGAGACAGAGGAGACAGCCAGGUCGUUAUCGGCCUGCAGUCAGCUCCCCGUUGUCCCGGGCCUCAGAAACAAGUUGGAGCAGUCACUGCUUUGUGUGGCAGACAAUCUACUCAGCUGCUACUCUCCUGACUCUGAAUCCACCUCUCCGGAGUGUCUGGUGCGCUGUCUCAGUCUGCUGACUGGUGUACUCGCAGGUUAUGUCUCCACCGGGGUUUUGACUGAAGUGGAGGCCUGCCGCUCACAGCUCUUCACUAAAGCCAAGUCCGUGGCCCAGGACUUCAGUGAGUUUGUCUCCAAUGUGAAAGUGAAGAUGGCAGAGGAUAGAACCAUGACCACGCUGAGGUCCGUCAUGAAGCUCUGUGCUCUGUCAGCCAGCAGAAAAGCCAAGGAUAAUGCUUGUCCCGCCUCCUCUGCUCUGUUCAUGAUGAUUCUUCCCUCCAGUCUUCUCAGUGAGCUGGCAGAGAUCUGCAAACUGUUGCUGAGCAGACAAGGCAGAGUGAGCGCUGUGGAUGAGGACGAUCACAUGGAUGAUGACUGGGACACGACCAGGACUCAACAAACGGGUGACUUGUUGGACGACGACGAGGAGCCCCACACCAGCAGCAGCGAUUCCCACAGACACUCGGGAGAAAACAAUGACAAUUCCUGUGGCUCUGGUGCUAAAAGCCUGUUAACAGAAGAGCACCUGGCCCACCAGGACCUGGCUCUACUCGCUGUCUUGGAGUUCCUGUGUGAAUGCAGCUGCGUCCAGCCCACCCACGGCCUCCUCUUCAAACCACAGGAGGUGCGUCGCAGGCUGUUGCAGCUGUUGGAUCAGAUGGACGUCAGCAGAGCCCUGCAUCUCAACAUGUACCUCGUUCUGCUGAAGAAGCUUCCUGCCGAGGACUCGCUCUUUCCAGAGGAGUUUGAUUCUCUGCUCAGACCUCUGGCGGACCUAUGCUCCCUGUACCGUCAGGACCAGGAGAUCUGUGCUGCUGUGCUGCCGGCGUUAUUACCUUCAGUCAGGAGCCUGGGGAGAACCCAGCACCUGCCAGAUGAAAUGAUACAUGUUCAGGGAGCGCUGCUGAAAGUUGUGUCCGGCUUCUGUUUCCUUGCCCAAACUGGAAAAUGCACGGCAUCUGUGCGAGCUGCUUUAGUACGAUGUCUGGUUGCCUUGUUGGAGGCUGACCCGUGUUGUAAAUGGGCAGUCCUAUACCUGAAGGAAGAGGAACGUCCGGUGUCAGCCAUCCUUCCGUCCCAUCUUGCGGACACCCACCAUCAAGUCCGCAUGCUGGUCGCCAUGUCGGUGGAGAGGCUGUUUGUGGAGAUGAGUCCAGACCAGCCAGACAAGAGGAAGAUGCUGCCCCUUAAACACCAGCAGAAGGCCUUUGAGAACAUCUACCUGAAAGCUCAGGAGGGAAUGAGGCUGCCGAGAGGCGGUUCUUCAGAGGACCUGCAGGAUGAGACAUUGAACCGUAAGGCCACCCUGCUCAAGAGUGUGUCUGUGGUGCUGUGCUGCAGCCCGGUCUGCGAGAAACAGUCGCUGUUUGCCCUCUUUCAGUCAUUCAAAGAAAACAAUAUAGAGGAACAGCUCAUGAAAAAGAUGUUGUGCAGUGUUUCCAGAGCUCUGGGAUACAAGAGUGUGAAAACAUUUGUCAGUUCUCACCUGGACUACUUGGUGGCCGAGUGGCUGGGACAGAGAGAGUCUGACGAGCUCUACACUCUUCAGUCCUUCCCCUACACUCUGCUAAACCAUGAGACACUGGAAGAUUUCUACAGCUCUUCCUACCAGGUGUUGAUCCCCCACCUGGUCUUCCUGGACGACUUUGAGCAGGUGAAGUCCAUCGGCAGCCAUCUGGAGAAGGACUGGAGAGAGCUGCUGGCUGAUUGCUUCCCCAAGAUCAUGGUCAACAUUCUGCCAUACUUUGCUUUGUCGGGCCAGGACGCACAGGUCGCCCAGCAGAGAGAGACGGCCCACAAGGUGUAUGACCUGCUCAAAGAUGCCAACUGCCUGGGCAAACAGCAAAUAGACAGUCUGAUCCACAGUAACCUGCCAGACAUUGUGGUGGAGCUGCUGAUGACUCUGUAUGAAGGAGCUGGACCUGAAGGGGAGAGAGGAGACCUCAGGCGCUUUAUAGGGGAGCUGGAUCCUGCACCAAACCCACCGUACUUUAGCUCCUAUGUCAUCAAAGCUACACUGGACUACCUGAGCAAGUGUCACAGUGCCAACCACAAGUCACUGGUAGCCAUUCUCUCUAAGACCCCGAUUUCCAUCCAGAGGAUUCUGCUGGCGGUGUGUGAGAGGGCGGCGGAGACGACCAACAGCUACGAGCGUCAUCGCAUCCUGCUGAUGUAUCACCUGUUUGUCAGCCUGCUGCUCAGGGAGCUGAAGGACGGCCUGGGAGGAGCCUGGGCCUUCGUCCUGAGAGACAUCAUCUACACACUCAUCCACCACAUCGACAGCAGAUCAGAGCACUGUGACGAGGUUUCGAGCAGAAGCCUCGCUCUGUGCUGUGACCUGCUGACUGAAGUGUGUCGGGCCGUCCUGCAGUUCUGUGACGGCGCUCUGGACUCCCACCUGCAGGUCAUCAUCGGGAGUCUCACGGCUCAGGUGACCAGCCGGCCCACCAUCUCUCAGCAGGUGCUCAGUCUGCUGCAGUUUCUGGUGAUAGAGAACCAGCAGAAGCUGAAGGGCGCCAUCUGCAGCCUGGAGCCCUUCCCUGACCGCCCCGAAUUCAGAGAGCUGCGCUCAGUGCAGCACAAUCUGAAGUACAGCACCGGGACAUUCACCCUGCAACAGGAGAUUACACACUUCCUGUCAGUGACGUCUUGUGACUAUUUACCGCUGACCAGGCUGGAGGGGCUGAAGCAGCUGACCAGACAGCUCCAUGACAACAAGGGACAGAUCAGAGAGCUGCUCAAAGAGAGCCACGUUGAACCUGCGGAGAGUGUGCUGGUGAAGCUGGUUCUCAGCCUGCUGCAGCUCUGUAAGCUCGCAGCAAACCACCCAGGGGGAGCAGACAUCCUCGAGGCGGUGGGGGGCUGCCUGGGAGAACUGGGACCAAUCGAUUUCUCCACCAUCGCUCUGCUCCAUGGCAGAGACCCCCUUUACGCCAAGUCUGAGUCCCUCUUCACCUCCACUGAAGCCCAGUGCCUUUACAUCAUCCUGGACUGCAUGAACAAUGCGCUUACUCACCGCUGUAUUGAGGUGAGGAAAGCUGCAGCCCAGUGUGUGAAGAACAUCCUCGCCACUCAGAUGGGACUCGACUUCUGGGAGCAACACAAAGACAACAGAGACCCGAUGCUGGCCUACCUCAACCCCUUCAGAAGGACCAAGGAGAAGGUCUCUAGCGUGAGUGCAGAGGAGAGCUCGGAGGCCAGGGAGAGGCUGGAGAGACAGGAGUUUUGGAUUCCCCAGAGGGGCGGGCAUGACACCUGGCUGACGGCUCUCUGCACCGCCCUGCUGGACAGCGGAGGGGUCAGGAACGAGGCACUGCUGCUUUCACGACCUCUGUGUCUGGUGAGUGUGGACUUCUGCCAGAGGCUGCUGCCCCUCAUCAUCCACUCCAUCCUGCUGGAGGACUCAGACGGCUCGUGGAGGGAGCUGCUCUCCUCCCACAUCCAGGAGUUCUUCACCUUCUGUUCCCGAAGUGCCCAGGCCUCCAGCCGCUCGGCCACACCGCUCACCACUGACUCUGGGGAGUCUGACGCUGCCAGCCGUGGCUUGGUGGAAAAGGCCUCCCUGCGCACAAUGCUGUCAGUUAUCGACUACCUGAGACACCAGCGGAGACCGCUGGACUCUGACAGUAACUCCUGCGGCACGGUGUGCCACUCAAACUUCUGGCUGGAGCUGAACUACCUGGAGGUGGCAGUGGCUGCCCAGUCCUGCUCUGCACACUUCACCGCUCUGCUCUACUCUGAGAUCUACGUCGACAAGAUCAAGGCCAACAUGGAGGAAGGUCGCAGAACCAAGUCCAGAGCGUCUCGCCGGAUUAACUUUGAGGAGAACAGCCAGAACGUCACCAUCUCCAGCCUGACUGAGAAGAGCAUGGAAGACACCAGCAUCAGCCUACAGGAGCUGUUGAUUGAGGUUUACCGCAGCAUAGGAGAACCUGACAGCCUGUAUGGCUGUGGAGGGGAGACGAUGACCAGCCCACUGACCAGGAUUCGAACUUAUGAACAUGAGGCGAUGUGGGGGAAGGCCUUGACCUCAUACGACCUUCACUCUACUCUGCCUGAGGUUACAAGACAAGUGGGAAUCGUGGAGGGUUUGCAGAACUUUGGCCUGAGCAGCAUCCUCGCCACCUACCUGAGGGGUCUGGAGAGCGAGGGGGUGGAGUGGGGGGCUGAGCUGAGAGAGCUGCGCUUCCAGGCCGCCUGGAGGAACUGCCAGUGGGACUGUGAGAUGUCAGAGAGGAGUGAGAAAUCCAACCCAGGCUUCAAUGAGUCAGUGUUCUCUGCCCUGCAAGCUUUAAGGGACAAAGAAUUCUCCGCAUUUGAUCAAACACUUAAAUACGCCAGGGGUGCAGAGGUGGAAGAGCUGUGCAGAGGCAGUCUAGAAGCCGUGUCCUCUCUCUACCCGGCUCUCAGAAACCUCCAGAGCAUCAGGGAGCUGGAGAGCGUCCGGCAGCUCUUCUCCAGGCCCCUCUCUGAUGUGACUCUGAUGGAGGUGUGCAGGCAGUGGCGGCAGCACUCCCAGCUGUUGGCCGACAGUGACUUUGCCUUGGUGGAGCCCAUUUUGGCCGUCCGCUCUGUGGCCCAGCACACCCUGAUGUCCAGGGUGGGAGACCCCGACACCACAAGUUACCUCAGCUCUGUGCUCACUGACCACCUCAUGGAGCUGUGCCGACUCGCUCGUCAGGCUGGGAAUACACAGCUGGCAGAGCGGGCGGUGUUUCAGAUGAAGCAGCAUGGCGGCAGAGGUGCCCGGGCGUCAUCCUCCGUGUCGUCAUGGCAACUGGAGGAGGCCCAGGUAUUCUGGGCCAAGGGCGAGCAGGGACUGGCCCUGGGCCUGCUGAGACAGAUGAUACACACCCUAGAGGAACAGGUGGAGUUCAACCCCGCCCUGGCCCCCGUCUACACCGAGUGCCUGCGGCUGUGCGGUAACUGGCUGGCGGAGACGUGCCUGGAGAGCCCCGGGGUCAUUCUGGAGAAUUACCUGGAGAGGGCGGUGGAGGUGAUUGUAGGGGAAUCGGGGCUCCAGGACCCCAGGCUGCAGAGCCAGCAGACCGAGGCCUUCCUGUCUCUGGCCCGCUUCUCCGACGCCCAGUACCAGAGCAUUGACAACUACAUGAAGUCCUCCGAGUUUGAGAACAAGCAGGCGCUGCUGGAGAAGGCCAAGGAGGAAGUGGACUUGAUGAAGGAGCGUAAAGUGAGCACCAACAGGUACACAAUAAAGGUGCAGAAAGAGCUGGAGCUGGACCAGAGGGCCCUGUCCAGCCUGCAGGCAGACAGACUGCGCUUCCUGUGUAAAGCGGUGGAGAACUACAUCCAGUGUCUGAAGCAGGGAGAGGAGCACGACACGUGGGUUUUCCGCCUGGCCUCACUGUGGCUGGAGAACGCCGACGUGAAGGCCAUCAAUGACAAGAUGAAGGUGGGCAUAAGGCAGAUCCCCUCCUACAAGUUCCUGCCCCUCAUGUACCAGCUGGCUGCCCGUAUGGGAACCAAGAAGGCGCCUGGUGUGGCUGAGGAUGCGGGCUUCCAUGGAGCCCUCACCGAUCUGAUCUGUCGUUCAUCCCUGGAGCACCCCCACCACACUCUCUUCAUCAUCCUCGCACUGGUAAACGCCAACAAAGACGAGAGCUUUUCCACAAGCCGGCUGUCAAAGAGCACCCCACGACAGCCCUCACCAUUAGACCUGGAACGCGCGGAUGUGGCCAAGAAGAUCAUUAGUGUGAUCAAGAAGAAGAGAGGCGAGAUGGUCAGGGGUAUCGAGCGUCUGUGCGAUGCCUACAUCACCCUGGCUUACAUGGACGUCAGCAGGCACAAGACCGAGAAGAAGGCUCUUCCCAUUCCUGCCGAUCAGCCCAUCAUGCAAAUCAAAGACCUGGAAGAAGUUGUCAUUCCCACAAUGGAGAUUAAGGUGGACCCGUCUGGUAGCUAUGACAACCUGGUGACCGUCAGAAACUUCAUGCCACACUAUCACCUGGCUGGAGGAGUCAACCUGCCCAAGAUCAUCGACUGUGUCGGCUCUGAUGGCAAGAGCAGGAGGCAGCUGGUCAAGGGUAAAGACGACCUGCGACAGGACGCGGUGAUGCAGCAGGUGUUUGGCAUGUGCUCCACGCUGCUGCAGCGCAACACCGACACUCGCAAGAGGAAUCUCAACAUCAGACGAUACAAGGUGGUGCCCUUCUCCCAGUGUAGCGGUGUGUUAGAGUGGUGUUCUGGCACCGUGCCCAUCGGGGAGUUUCUGGUGGACCCCCAUAAAGGAGCCCACAUACGCUUCCGUGCCCAGGACUGGACCAACAUGACCUGUCGCAAGAAAAUGAUGGAGGCUCAGAGGCUGGGUUUCGAUGAGAAGAUCCAGGUGUACAACGAGGUGUGUAAGAACUUCAGACCCGUCUUCAGGUAUUUCUGCAUGGAGCGUUUCCUGGACCCCGCCGUGUGGAUGGAGAAACGGCUGGCUUACACCCGCAGCGUCGCCACAUCAUCGAUAGUCGGCUACAUCGUAGGCCUGGGCGAUCGGCACAUCCAGAACAUCCUGAUUGAUGAGCAGACUGCCGAACUGGUGCACAUUGAUUUAGGUGUGGCCUUUGAACAGGGGAAGAUCCUCCCCACGCCUGAGACGGUUCCCUUCAGACUGUCCAGAGACAUUGUGGAUGGCAUGGGCAUCACUGGAGUGGAGGGGGUUUUCAGGAGAUGCUGUGAGAAGACAAUGGAGGUUAUGAGGAGCUCUCAAGAAGCUUUGCUCACCAUCGUCGAGGUGCUGCUGUACGAUCCUCUGUUUGACUGGACCAUGAGCCCCCUGAAGGCGUUCUACCUGCAGCACGACGAGCAGCAGGAGCUCAACGCUACACUCAACUCCACGCUGGGGGGAGACGACAUAGACAACCAUCGUAAAGCCAGCAGUGACAGCCAGAGCUUCAACAAGGUGGCAGAGCGGGUGCUGCUGCGGUUGCAGGAGAAGCUGAAGGGCGUGGAGGAGGGCACGGUGCUCAGCGUGGGCGGCCAGGUCAACCUGCUCAUCCAGCAGGCCAUGGACCCCAACAACCUCAGCAGACUCUUCAGUGGGUGGCAGGCCUGGGUGUGAGGGGGUGGGGGGACACCCGGGGCAAGGUGCACCUGGGCAGGUGAGGGUCCUGCUCAUGGCAUGGCAAGCGUGACGUCACAGGUUUGGUGAUGUUCACGCAUUUACUUGAACUCUGGUCUUACGGUUUUCAAAUGUGCAUGGUCAACUUCCUCAAAAUUAAACUGUUUUUAUAAGUUCCUGUAGUGUACUUCUUAAAGACACAAGGUUUUGUUCUCGCGGCAGAGAUUAUACUUUGAAAACACCCUGAUAAUGUGCUGCAUUGUAAGUGUUUUCCUGCUUUCUUUAUGCUUCAGACAUACUCUGGUCUUUGUCAGGGGAUCAAAUGAGCCUCAAUAUACAAGCGGUUGAAACGAGUUUCUCUAGCUUUUCAUUUCAUUGUUUUGACAUAGUGAGGGUUUUAUUUAUUUCUGACUAAUGUCUGUCUUUUCCCCACAUUUGAAGUUCAUCACCAAGUGCCAUAAAAAUGAAGACCACAAUUUUACAAAUCAUCAUACUUAAACACCAACACAUCCCGGUGUUGUCCAGCUGACUCUCAACCUGUCAGUUUUUAUCACCUUUCACUUUUACAGCAAAUAAAGUAAAUUCUCAUGUCAAAGGAUUCUUGUGUGAAGCAAUGGACUGUAGCACUUUGCCCAGGACAAAUGACCCCUUGGGAACGGUAAAGUUUACUCUACUAAUUUGGCAAGGCACUUUAUUUUUUCAAAACAAGCCAUUAAAUCAAGCAACACUGUGUCACAUUUAUUAGAGCACUGCAAAAACCUCAAGGUAUUUUAACAGGCCAGGGUGUGUUGGUGUCACACUCCGACAUUGAACCUGAAUUCUUGAAAAACAGGCUGAGGUUUUGGACAUCAAAAAAACUGUCUUGGUGAUGGAGCAGAGCAGAGCCAUGUGUCCAGACCCUCAUUAGACACUGUGAGUCAUGUAGUUUCUGUAAGUUGACUGUGGAAGCUGCGUGUUGAUGUGUGUGUGUCCUAAUGGGACGGGAACACUUUGAUGCUGUUGAAUGUGUGACAGAUACACUGAGGUGUGUUGUGUGAGCUGAUGUGGUGUGUUGGUGAGGAUCCAAAGUUGUUUACCAAGGAAAUAUGCCCCAAUGCUGAUGCACCACUAAUGAAUGUACCACAGUUCUCUAGUUUUCCACCUGUUCUAAAGCAAAUUCUGUGCUGUUUGGUAUUAUUUUGCCAGAUUUUGAAAUAUGAUCACUGUAUCAUGAAUUAAAGAAACUGUAAAAAUGAAUCAAUAAAAAAAGAUGUUUUCAUAUGAA